UAAGAUUUCUUUGAAAAUGUCGGGAAAUAGAGUUGUCAAAGUCGGCUCAAGGAAGAGUGAGCUGGCUUUGAAACAGACAAACACAGUUAUCAACAAAUUAAAAGAGUACCAUCCAGAUGUUACAUUUGAAGUUGUUACCAUGGCCACAACUGGAGACAAGAUUUUAAAUGCUGCUUUGUCAAAGAUUGGAGAAAAGAGUCUUUUUACUAGGGAGCUGGAGAAUGCUCUGGAGGAUAAAUCUGUUGAUUUUGUUGUGCACUCUCUCAAGGAUCUUCCCACCAAUCUUCCAAAGAACCUUGUGGUUGGAUGUGUCUACAAAAGAGACAAUCCCUAUGAUGCUGUGGUGAUGCACCCAAAACACAAAGGGAAGACACUCCAGGAUCUACCAGAUGACAGCGUUAUUGGAACAAGCUCCCUGAGAAGACAGUCUCAAAUUGCCAGGAAAUUCCCAACAUUUAAGUUUGAAAAUAUUCGAGGUAAUGUGAACACACGACUAAAGAAAUUAGAUGACGACAACAAAUAUGAUGCAACAAUACUUGCUGUAGCUGGCUUGGAUAGGAUGGGAUGGAGUCACAGAAUAGAUCAGGUGUUGACCCCUGACUUGUGUAUGUAUGCUGUGAGCCAGGGAGCCAUGGGUGUGGAGUGCAGGUCUGAUGACAAGGAUACUCUGGAUAUGUUAUCUGUUAUACAUGACAAAGACACAGUCCUACAGUGUGUUGCUGAGAGGGCCUUCCUUAAGACUUUGGAGGGAGGGUGCAGUGUACCAGUGUGUGUGUUUACUGAGGUCAAAGACAGCCAGCUGAAUAUAGAUGGUGGUGUAUUCAGUAUUGAUGGCUCCAAGCACAAGAUUGUUCAUGUGUCUAAGGACCUCUGUCCCGACCAGGAGCCAGCCAAGAAGGUUUGUCGGACAGAAAAUGGGAAAACUUAUGCCAGUGUCGUGAGUAAUGGUGUUUCUAAAGAAGAAUUACAACUCUCUGAGGAGGCUGGAAUAGAGUUGGCCCGUUUGAUUUUAGACUCAGAUGCUGGCCAUAUUAUCGCAGAAGCCAAAGAGGAAAUUCGCCUUGCAAUCAUUGAAGAUAAUAAAAAGAAAAUGGAAGAACUCAAAAACAAAGAAACAAAAUUAGACAACAGUUCAAUAACAAAUACAGAAAAGGGAUCAUAGAGAUUAGUUUUCUGAGAAAGUGGAAAAUUAUUGUUUAAAAAUGAUGUAUUUGUAAAAACUUUGUUUAUUAUUGCAUUGUCAUAUAUAUUUGUA